GAAAACUUCUGUCGAAGCAAUCUUCUGCUCUCGACACGCCUUUCUUUUUAUUGCCACGUAUACAGCAGGUGUCAAGUGAAGACGUGAGGGUGAUGUGAGCUGGGCAAGUGGAUAAUAUGCACUCUAAACUCAAGCUUCAUGGAAUUUGAUAACGAAUCAAAAUGGGUUUGUCAAAGGACUACAGAUGGUCUUCUCAAAUAAGUGAUAUUACAAGGGAUCCAGCUUCUGCUGCCUGGGGUGCCUUCUGUCCCUGCCUUUUGUUUGCCCGCAAUGUACACAGCAUUACAGACGGCGAUGUCUCAUUUGUCAGGCAUGGGACUAACUGUAAACUCAAAUUCUUCUUGGGUUGGAUUCAGAGCAUGCCUAUUCCAUCUUCUCUUGGGAGGUUGCUGGGGAACAGCUGCUUCUUUUGUGUGUGGACCAAUUGGGUAUUGGUUUACAUGUGUACCCUGCUAUGCUGCUCAAUAUAGACGCCGGCUGAGACAAAAACAGGGCCUGCCUGAGAUGCCUUAUUCUGAUUUUACAACACACUUUCUUUGCCACCCAUUUGCAGUAUGUCAAGAACACAGAGAAAUAAACUUAAAACAAUCUCAGUCUGUCCCUGGACCUGGUGGAAGCACAAUAGACAGGGGUCCAGAUGAAACUGUGACCCAUGUGGAAGCUGUUCAGAAAAUGGAAAGAUAAUAUGGUUGGCAAUUUCCUUUGGAUUUUGAGCUGGAAGCAAUUAUUAUAGAGGGUAGCUUAUUUUUACUGGUGAUGGUAACGUGGGACUUCUCUUGUGCCCAUACAGACGAGAGUGGCAAUCAUUUGAACUGUAUGGUCCUGUCUGGCUAUGUUUUAUCAUUCGUCAUUUGCUUGCAAAUAAUGUGGAGAUGAUCCUAAGAGAUAAUUUGUAUAAAUCAGAUUCACUUUAUCUUUAGAAUAAGUAUAUAGAUAAAUCCUAAAUAACUUUCUGGUGGAAGAGGAUGGUUUUUGUAAGAGACCAAUUAUCCUUUUUGUUAGUUAACUCUGAUGUCUUGAUUUUUCAAUUUCGAAGAGGUCAUAUGUAAAUGAGAAUUGAAUUCCAUUUUUCUUGGGCAUUUUAUUCUUCUAUAAGAAUGAUGUCAAAAUAAUUAAGAUCUGUCCGGUACCUACUCAUCUAAGAUGGAUCCACACCUGCAAUCAGAUCGUAUCAAACAGUUAAAAAAGAUUGUAUAUAAAUGUAAUGGUGAAAUUUGUGUUCU